UGCCAGAUAUUGAUUCUUCUUCGGUGCCAAGAAGCCCUUCGUCUCCAACAUCAAUCCUUGCACCUAUUGGUCUAUUCUCUGUGGAAAGCUAUUUGGCCCGUCAGCUCCCUCCUGUGCGAGGUUAUCUACGUAUUGUAAUGGCGCCCGUCAAGUCGCAUUCCAAGGUCGUUUCCAUCGGACGGACUCCGUUAGUGCAUCCGCUGGACCCGCUGAGUCCCGCGGAGAUCUCUGUCGCCCUCGCGACGGUCCGCACGGCUGGAGCUACUCCCGAGCUGCGGGAUGCCAUCCGCUUUAUUGAGGUGGCUCUUAACGAGCCACCCAAGGACGUGGUCGCACUGGCAGACGCCUACUUCUUCCCUCCUUACCAGCACUCGGUGUACAUUCCACCCGCCAACGCUCACCCUCCCACUCACAACAAACCGUCCUCCUCCUUUCCCUCCUCCUCCUCCCCCAUCCCUUCCUCCACCACCACCACCCCCUCCCCCUCCGCCUCCUCCGCCGCCUCCCCCUCUCCCAAAGCGGCUGUUCUCCGCCUCCCCCCCCGGGAGGCGAGGCUGGUGACGUGGAACAAGCUGACCAAUCAGACGGCGGUAUGGGUGGUACAGCUGGCAGAGGUGCAUGCGAGUCUCAGGGGGGGGCACCACCGUGGACGAAUCAAAUCGUGCCAGGUCAUGGAGGACGUUCAGCCCGCCAUGGACGCAGUGGAGUAUGCAGAGUGCGAGGCAGCAGUGAAGGCACACCCGCCAUUUCAAGAGGCGAUGAGGCGACGAGGUGUCGAUGACAUGGACCUAGUCAUGGUGGACGCGUGGUGUGUGGGGUAUUACUCUGAAGCGGAUCACCCCAAUCGCCGCCUCGCCAAGCCGCUCAUCUUCUGCCGCUUCCCCUCUGACUGCUCUUUGGACAAUGGAUACGCCAGGCCCGUCGAGGGUAUAUACGUGACGUUGGACCUGCAGAGCAUGGAAGUGAUCAGGUGCGAGGACAGGGAGCUCAUCCCUCUGCCCCCGCCCGACCCGCUGCGCAACUACACGGCCGGGGCGGACAGGGGGGGCGUGGACCGCUCCGACUUGAAGCCCAUUAAGAUAGAGCAGCCCGAGGGGCCGAGCUUCCGCGUGAAUGGAUACGCUGUGGAGUGGCAGAAGUGGAGUUUCCGUGUAGGGUUCACGCCUAAAGAAGGCCUGGUGCUGCAUUCCCUAGCCUACGACGAUGGCAGCAGCGGCAGGAGGGGCGUUGCGCACCGGCUGAGCUUCUGUGAGAUGGUGGUGCCGUAUGGCGACCCCCACGAGCCCCACUACCGCAAAAACGCCUUCGAUGCCGGUGAAGACGGGCUGGGCAAGAACGCCCACUCGCUAAAGAAGGGAUGUGACUGUCUAGGGUUGAUCCGCUACUUUGACGCGCACAUGAGCAACUUUCUCGGUGGCGUCGAGACGAUAGAGAACGCCGUGUGCAUGCAUGAGGAGGACCAUGGCAUGCUCUGGAAGCACGUGGACUGGCGCUCGGGGCACACGGAAGUGAGGCGGUCGAGAAGGCUCGUGCUCUCGUUUGUGUGCACGGUGGCCAACUACGAAUACGGCUUCUUCUGGUAUCUCUAUCAGGAUGGCAAGAUCGAAGCACAAGUAAAGCUCACGGGGAUCCUAUCAGUGGGCACUCUGAGGGAGGGUGAGGAGCGCAAGUAUGGGACACUGCUGGCGCCGGGGCUGUAUGCUCCCAUCCACCAGCACUUCUUUGUGGCUCGCAUGGACAUGGCUGUUGACUGCCGCCCGGGCGAGCAGGCUAAUCAGGUGGCGGAGCUGAAUGUGAGGAUGGAAGGGGCAGGCCCGCACAACCCUCAUGCGAAUGCCUUCUAUGCAGAGGAGAGGGUGCUUCGGACAGAAGGCGAAGGGAUGAGAGACGUGGAUCCCAUGUCUGCCAGGCACUGGCUGAUCCAAAACACUCGGGCAGUCAACCGGGCAGGUCGUCCAACAGCCUACAAGCUCGUGCCAGGGUCCAACUGCCUGCCCUUCUCGCAGCCCGAGGCGAAAUUUCUCCGCCGGGCAGCUUUCCUGAAGCACAACCUGUGGGUCACGCCGUACCACCCGGAGGAACGGUUUCCGGGCGGCGAGUUCCCGAACCAGAACCCCAGGAUCGGCGAUGGGCUGUCCUUGUGGGUGCAGCAGAACAGAUCGAUCGACAAUGCUGAUGUGGUGCUCUGGUACGUGUUUGGCCUCACUCACGUCCCACGGCUGGAGGAUUGGCCCGUCAUGCCCUGUGAAUACCUCGGUUUCUGCCUCAUGGUGAGCUUGCCCUCAGCUGCUGCUACAGCCGGUGGUGCUACAGCCGGUGGUGCCAUAGCCGGUGGUUUGAGUGUGGAGGAGUUUAGGGCUUUCGAGUGCCCCCAGCUGAAAGGCUGUGUGUAUCGCGACCAUGCAGCAGCAGCGGUGUACACACGCUGGCAGGUUGCAGCAGCUACCAGAGCCUUCAAUCUCUCCAUCAUCCUUUCUUCCCCCCUCUCCUCAUGCACCACAUCAGGCUGCGUGUAUCUUGACCAUGCAGCAGCAGCAGUGUACACUCGCUCGCAGGUCACAACAAUCACGAGAACCCUCACCAAACUGCUGUGUGUAUCUGGACCAUGUGGCAGCUGUUUACACUCGCGCGCAUGUCGCAGCACUAGCAACAGCUCUCCUCUAACUCUAAACCUCUUCUCUCCCGCCCUCCUUCCCCUCCCUACAACAUCUCAGGCUGUGUGUAUCUGGACCAUGCAGCAGCAGCAGUAUACACUCGCUCGCAGGUUGCAGCAGCCACCAGAGCCCUCACCCGUUCCCUCUUUUCCAACCCUCGUGCUAGCCAUGUGCAAUGCACCUCCCUCCCAGUACGCUUGCGUCUUUACCAGUGGUGCCACGUCAGCACUCAAAACGGUCGGCGAGGCAUUCAGAUGGACGGCGGACAGCGAGCUGGCAAUGACGCUGGACAACCACAACUCGGUGCUGGGGAUCAGAGAGUAUGCUCUUAGAGCUGGUGCUACAGUGUCUGUUGUUGAUAUUCGCUAUGAGGAUGACUAUAUGGGGGAUGAGGAGGAAGAGGAGGAGGAAGAAGGGGGCGAUGAGGAUGAGAGUGAGAGUGGGAGUGAGGCUGGGAGUGAAUAUGAGAGUGGAAAUGAGAGUGAGAGUGAGAAUGGGAGUGAGAAUGGGAGUGAGAAUGGAAAUGACAAACAGGAGAGGAGAGUGGAGAAGGUGGGAGUGGAUGAAGUGAGGAUAAUGAAGGAGGAAUUUAAGGAAGAAGAGGGAGGAGAGGAUGAAGAAGAGGAGGAGGAAGAAGGAGCAGAGGAGGAUGAAGAAGAAGAAGCAGAGGAGGAAGAAGAAGCAGAGGAGGAGGUGGAAGAGGAGGAAGAGGAGGAAGAGGAUAAAGAUGAGGAGGAAGAGGAUGAAGAGGAUAGGAGGGCGGGUGUGAGGUUGGGUAGUGGGAGGAAGGUCCGAUUUGCUUUGCGUGGGAGGAGGAGCAAACGUAAGGGGGCGGAGGAGGAGGAGGAAGAGGUGGAAGAGGAGGAAGAGGAGGAGGAGGAGGAGGAGGAGGAGGAGGAGGAGGAGGAGGAGGAGGAGGAGGAGGAGGAGGAGGAGGAGGAGGAGGAGGAGGAGGAGGAGGAGGAGGAAGAGGAGGAGGAGGAGGAGGAGGAGGAGGAGGAGGAGGAGGAGGAGGAGGAGGAGGAGGAGGAGGAGGAGGAGGAGGAGGAGGAGGAGGAGAAGGAGGAGGAGGAGGAGGAGGAGGAUGAGGAGGAGGAGGAAGAGGAGCAGGAGGAGGAUGAGGAGGAGGAAGAAUCAGAAGCAGAAGAUGAAGAAGAGGGGAAAGUAGGAGUGAGGGUAGGUGGAAGAAAGAAGGUUCGAGUGGUCUUACAUGGGAGCAGCAGGAGUAAGCGCAAGGGAGCAACAGAGGAGGAAGAGGAAGAGGAGGACGAAGAAGCGGAGGAGGAUGAGGAGGAGGACGAAGAAGAGGAAGAGGAGGGAACGGUGGGAGUGUUGGUGAGAAGGAGGAAGGUUCGAUUGGCGUUAGCUGGCAGCAGCAGGAGCAAGCGCAGUGAUGUGGUGGGAAAGGAAGCUGAAGCAGUCUCUGCCGGUGGUUGUACUGGUAAUGUGCGGCAACCCCUAAGUGCUGCAGAUGUCAAUUUGAAUGCACGGACUGGUGAAGCAGUGGGGCCAGCAGCAGCGAUUGUGAGUGUGAGGACAGGUGAACCUGUAGGGGCAGCAGCGAGUGUGAGGACAGGUGAACCUGUAGGGGCAGCAGCGAGUGUGAGGACAGGUGAACCUGUAGGGGCAGCAGCGAGUGUGAGGACAGGUGAACCUGUAGGGGCAGCAGCGAGUGUGAGGACAGGUGAACCUGUAGGGGCAGCAGCGAGUGUGAGGACAGGUGAACCUGUAGGGGCAGCAGCGAGUGUGAGGACAGGUGAACCUGUAGGGGCAGCAGCGAGUGUGAGGACAGGUGAACCUGUAGGGGCAGCAGCGAGUGUGAGGACAGGUGAACCUGUAGGGGCAGCAGCGAGUGUGAGGACAGGUGAACCUGUAGGGGCAGCAGCGAGUGUGAGGACAGGUGAACCUGUAGGGGCAGCAGCGAGUGUGAGGACAGGUGAACCUGUAGGGGCAGCAGCGAGUGUGAGGACAGGUGAACCUGUAGGGGCAGCAGCGAGUGUGAGGACAGGUGAACCUGUAGGGGCAGCAGCGAGUGUGAGGACAGGUGAACCUGUAGGGGCAGCAGCGAGUGUGAGGACAGGUGAACCUGUAGGGGCAGCAGCGAGUGUGAGGACAGGUGAACCUGUAGGGGCAGCAGCGAGUGUGAGGACAGGUGAACCUGUAGGGGCAGCAGCGAGUGUGAGGACAGGUGAACCUGUAGGGGCAGCAGCGAGUGUGAGGACAGGUGAACCUGUAGGGGCAGCAGCGAGUGUGAGGACAGGUGAACCUGUAGGGGCAGCAGCGAGUGUGAGGACAGGUGAACCUGUAGGGGCAGCAGCGAGUGUGAGGACAGGUGAACCUGUAGGGGCAGCAGCGAGUGUGAGGACAGGUGAACCUGUAGGGGCAGCAGCGAGUGUGAGGACAGGUGAACCUGUGGGGACAGCAGCAGAUGUGAAUGCGAAUGCAGGGACAAGUGAACCUGUGGGGGGAGCAGCAGCGAGUGUGAGUGUGAGGACUCCUGAACCUGUGGGGGCAGCAGCACUUGCUGAAACCAACCCUUCUGAUUCCACUGUUCUUGCCGAACCAGUGCUGACCGAACCACAGAAUGGCAGGGCUGUUUCCGAGCCUGGACAGGAGGUUCGGCCAGGUGUGGCUGCUCCAGCUGUGGCUGGGGAUGGUGGGGCCGGAGCUAGUGGGAGUGGGGCGGGUGAGACUGGGGCAGGUGGGACUGGGGCAGGUGGGACUGGGGCAGGUGGGACUGGCUUAGGAGGAAGAAAUGAGGAGAAGGGCCAUGAGGGAAAAAGGGGUGGAGAGGCAGGAUCAGGGUCAAGGGAUGUGAGAACAGAGCAUGAGAGGCCUUCUGAGUCGUCUCAACUGUCAAGGGAUACAAGGGCAGGGGGCAUGAAACAGCAUCGAGCGGCGGAUCGGAAGGGUAGAAGGGUGGAUGGAAUGGUGGAUGGUUGUCCUAAGGGCACAGUCCUUCGAGGGGUGGUAGAGGGGGUGUCCCUUCGCCUGCUGAACCGAUUCUCUCGGGCAGCAAGGGAAGGGAAGGCAAGGGAACACGAGGCACCAAAAGCGCCAACAGCACGACGGGAAGAAGCUGUUUCAAAGCCGCCUGAAGAGGUGUUUUCAGGGGCAGGGAAGGAGGAGGAGCGGCAGCAGCGGCGGCGAAGGCAGAAGCAGGAGGGGCAGGAGGAGUUGCCGUUUGUCCCAUGCCUGUUUGCAAUGCCUGCAGAAAGUAAUCUUAGCGGCGAGAAGCUUGAUCUGAGGGUGGUGCGGGCGGUGAAGGAGGAGAGGUGUUUGGAUGGGUGGGAGGGGUGGAGCCGGGAGGACAGAGGAGUGGAGAGCGGUGAUGGUAGGAGACGAGGCAGGGGGAGAGGGAAAAGGAGAAGUGAGAAGGGAAUCGAGGAGGAAAGAGAGCAAGGGAGAGAGAAGGGAGGGGAUGGCACAACAACUGCUGGUGCCUCUCAAACUCAACAACAACAACAACAGCAGCAGCAGCAGUUGCCUGCAAGCAAGAGAGCAUGGGGCGGCCUCUGGGGUUGGCUGGGAGGAAGUCGUGGGACAUCCGGUGCAGCAGAUGAGGAUCAAGGGCAGGUCGAUAGCAAUGGUGCGGCGACUGGUGGUGGAGCUGACAGGGGUGCUGGUGGUGGAGCUGACAGGGGUGCUGGUGGUGGGAAGGCCCAGGGUACAGAUGCUGUACGCACGGAGAGCAGUGGCAGGUUCACAAGUGGCCACGAAGCUGAUAGGGAGGGUGGUGGUGGGGAUGGGAGUGGUAGAAGUCGUACUGGUCGUGGUGGUGAUGGUGCAUGCAGUGGUGAAAGUGCUUCUUCUUCUCCCGCUCUUCCUCGGCGCUGGUUCGUGCUUCUCGAUGCUGCCAAAGCUGCUGCUUCGGACCCUCCAGACCUCUCGCUCUGCCCUGCUGACUUUGUUGCUCUUUCCUUCUACAAGGUGAGAUAUCCUUAUCCCGCUUUCGACCCCUCUCCUUCUCCACCGCUUCUGCCCGGCGCUGGUGGGUUGCCCCCUCCUCCCCAUGCCCCCUCCUCCCCAUGCCCCCUCCUCCCCAUGCCCCCUCCUCCCCAUGCCCCCUCCUCCCCAUGCCCCCUCCUCCCCAUGCCCCCUCCUCCCCAUGCCCCCUCCUCUGAAUCCUCUCCAUGCCUCCCGCCCUCCGGACCUCUCCCACUGCGCCCUGCGGACUUCGUUGCACUCUCCUUCUACAAGGUGGGUAGGCUGUCUCUACCCCUCUUCAUUUCUCUCCACCCCUCUCCACCUUUCCACACCACCCACUGCCCUGCUAACUUUGUCACACUCUCCUUCUACAAGAUGCUGCCUUCAUCCUCCACAAGCCCUACUUCAGUGGAGGUACGGCGAGUAGCAUGCGCUCGGUGGCAUGUGAAUGACACGGUGACAGUGGUAGCAGAGGUGACAGGGCUAGUAGCAAGUAGCAUGAUGACUCUGCAUGGCAACUUGUGCCCCUCUCAUUCAGAUGCUGCCUUCAUCCUCCACAAGCCCUACUUCAGUGGAGGCACCGUGGCAGCAGUGUUUGCAGACUCCGACUUUGUCUCUCUGCGCCCAUCGCUAGAAGCACAGUGGGAGCACGGCACUCUCCCCUUCCUCCAGCUCGCAGCAGAGCUCCCUCCAGGCUUAGCCCUGGUCACCCGCCUCUCCUUCUCUGCCAUACAACGCCACGUCUCGUUUCUUGCACUCUUCACCGCCUCUCGCCUCCUCUCCCUCCGACACUGCAACGGCCAGCCCGUUUGCGUCGUGUAUGGAAGGCACAGGGCUUUGUUGCUGCAUCUUGAAAAGAGCAGAGUCGUGAAUCGGGAGAGGCGAGAGACUUCUGAUUCGAUUGAGAAGAAUGGAGUGGUGGAUUUGCAGGGAGGAGAGGAGGAACGAGAGGCAGUGUUGAAGCAGCAGGGGGGGGUGGUGGCGUUUAACCUGAAGCGCAGUGAUGGGUCGUGGGUGGGGCACAAGGAGGUGGAGAAGCUGGCAGCCAUCCACAGCAUUCAUCUCCGGCACCUUCACUUGUCUCAUCCCCACCCCCUCCGAAACUACGAGGCGGGGCACGUGUGGUGGGAUGACAACGAUACUGGUUGUUUCUGCAACCCUGGUGCCUGUGCCAAGCACCUGCGCCUCUCCCACUCCCAACUCCUCGAGAAUUACGAGGCAGGGCACGUGUGUUGGGACGACAACAACGUGAUUGCCGGGCGGCCGACUGGCGCCGUGAUUUUUCCGAUCAGUCCCUUCCUCCCCUCUCCCACAUGCGACAGACCGACUGGUUGCUUCUGCAACCCAGGAGCCUGUGCCAAGCACCUGCGCUUGUCUCAUGCCCAACUCCUCGAAAACUACGAGGCGGGGCACGUGUGCUGGGAUGACAAUGACGUGAUUGCCGGGCGGCCGACUGGCGCCGUGCGGAUCUCCUUUGGACACCUGUCAACCAUUGAUGACGUGGAGGCGUUCCUCUCCUUCAUCCAAACGUGCUUUGUGGAGCUGCCACGUCUGCUGCAUGACCGGGAAUGGCUUAUCAUCAAUCCCAUGGGCGCUCCACUGAGGCCCAACAGGGUGAGCACUGAGCAGCCAACACUGCCAGCAGUAGCAUCUCCUCUCUCUUUGCUGCCUCCAAUCCCCAUCCGAUUGCUUUGCACCGCACUGAACCUCCCUGAGUGGCAUAACAUCAGUGCCCCUGGGAGUGGCCCUUGGGUUGGGCAUACCGUUGAGGGCCAGCUGGGCUCCUUCCUUCAACCGCUUCCGUCAAUCCAUCACCUCAUCUCUCACCUCCUCUCCAUCAACCUGGCUCCUCAAAAGUGUCUCAUUUCGCUUCCUCCUCUCUCCCCACCCCCACAACCCCGCCACACGGCUAGGCUGGAUGGGGUGCGCAUGUGCGGUGACAAGUGUGGGGCUGGGUGUGGUAAUCUCUGUUUCCGUGGCAUCACCGUCCACGUGGCAGUGUACCCUGCUGACGUGGCAGCCUGGCUCUCCGCCGCUCUCGGCACGCCAUGUCAGCUUGUGAGGCUCCUUCCGCACGCCCGCCAGCAGAAGAAGCUGCCUAGAAGCAUCCUCAGCAGUCAGGACAACACCAGAACCAAUCAGAUCAGUGAAAAUCAAUCCAGCCGUAACGAAUCUUCCCAAUCCGCAUCCUCCUCCCACUCCUAUUCCUCCUCUCCCUCCUCUUCCCCCUCUCUCUCGCUAGCCAAUGAGGCUCAGCUGCUAGUGCUCUCAUCUGCUAGUCUGGCUGAUCUUUGGAGGAGAGUGGCACAUGGGACAGAGGGGGAGCUGAUGGCAGGAGAUGGAGGGAAAACAGAUGGGAGAACAACAGGAGUGGAUAAACCUUUGCAAAAUAAGCAAGUCAAAUCUGGUCCCUUGCCGUUGCUAGGGUCUCAUUCUGCUGCGCUUCCUUGCUGCCCUGCCGAUUGGAGCCUGAGGCUCGGUAACCCUACCGAACCUAAUGGUCUGGACUCAGGCUCGGGGAUGGAUCAAGCUUAUCCAGCACCAGCAGCAGCAGCAUCUGCCACGUCAGCAGGGUCAUCUCAGGCUGCUGACGUGGACAGAGAUGUGGAAGCAGAUGCCUCGUGGGCAUUGCGGUUUCGCCCCAACAUUGUGGUGGGCGGUGCUGACGUGGCGCCAUACGAUGAGGACAGGUGGAAGCAGCUGGUUGGUCAAGAUGCUUCCUUUGAGUCAGACGCCAUGGCUCUCUCCCUGUGCGCGAAGUCGAGCCUCGUCUCGGCCGCUGGCCUGCAGCAGCGCGGCGCUGCCCUGGAGAGAAGGCAGACCGGCGCCUCGCUCUCAGCGUCGCUCGCCCACUCAGCCGCUGCUCCUUCGUUUAAGGCUUUCGAUGGCAUGCGCGCUAACUCAACCUUCUCCUCCGCCUCUUCAUUCCUGUCCGGCGCUAAAGUUGCUGCGCCUGUGGCCGCGGAGGCUCCGGCUGCUGCCGCUGCUGAGAAGGGUUUCACCCUGACCAUUGUGGCGGGCAGGAACAGCAAGAAGAUUCAAGGAAGGAAGCUCCGCGUCGCCGUUAUCGGAGGCGGCCCGGCCGGCGGUUGCGCGGCGGAGACUCUGGCGGAGAACGGCAUCGAGACUUUCCUCAUUGAGCGCAAGCUCGACAACGCCAAGCCGUGCGGUGGAGCCAUCCCCCUUUGCAUGGUCGACGAAUUUCAGCUGCCGCAGGAGAGCAUUGAGAGGAGCGUGUUACUUGCCAAUAUAAUAUCGCCCUCCAACGUCGAGGUGUUUCCUCACAUCUCUCCCUCCUUUUCCCAUCUCCCUUCUUUUCUUCCUCCCUUGCAGCUGCCACAGGAGAUCAUCGACAGGCGCGUGACCAAGAUGAAGAUGAUUUCCCCAUCCAACGUCGAGGUCGACGUGGGGCGCACGCUCGGCAAGGAGGAGUACAUCGGCAUGGUGCGCCGCGAGGUGCUCGACGCCUUCCUGCGCAACCGCGCCCAGUCUUACGGCGCGUCGGUCAUCAACGGGCUGUACCUGAGGAUGGACGUGCCCAAGGACGACGACAGCCCCUACGUCAUCCACUACUCCGACUACGCCGGCGACUCCAAGGUCGGCGUGCCCAAGACUCUCGAGGUCGACGCCGUGAUCGGCGCUGACGGCGCCAACAGCAGGGUGGCCAAGGACAUCGACGCGGGUGACUACGACUACGCCAUUGCCUUCCAGGAGCGCAUCCGCCUGCCAGAGGACAAGAUGGCGUACUACGAGGAUCUUGCGGAGAUGUACGUGGGUGAUGACGUGUCGCCCGACUUCUACGGCUGGGUGUUCCCCAAGUGCGACCACGUGGCGGUCGGCACCGGUACGGUCAUCAACAAGCCCGCCAUCAAGCAAUACCAGACCGCCACCAGGAACCGCGCCAAGGACAAAAUCGAGGGCGGCAAGAUCAUCCGUGUGGAGGCUCACCCCAUCCCCGAGCACCCCCGCCCCCGCCGGACCUCCAACCGCGUAGCUCUCGUUGGCGACGCUGCUGGCUACGUCACCAAGUGCUCAGGCGAGGGCAUCUACUUUGCGGCCAAGUCGGGGCGCAUGGCAGCAGAGGCGAUCGCUGAGGGGUCUGAGAAGGGCACGCGCAUGAUCGACGAGUCUGACCUGCGUGUGUACCUGGACAAGUGGGACAAGAAGUACUGGGCCACCUACAAGUCUGACCUGCGUGUGUACCUGGACAAGUGGGACAAGAAGUACCGGGCCACCUACAAGAGAGACCUACGUGUGUACCUGGACAAGUGGGACAAGAAGUACUGGGCCACCUACAAGGUGCUGGACAUUCUCCAGAAGGUGUUUUACCGCUCCAACCCCGCGCGCGAGGCGUUCGUGGAGAUGUGCGCGGACGACUACGUGCAGAAGAUGACGUUCGACAGCUACCUGUACAAGACGGUCGUGCCGGGCAACCCCCUCGAUGACCUCAAGCUGGCCGUCAACACCAUCGGCAGCCUGAUCCGCGCCAAUGCUCUCCGCAAGGUUGCCCUCGAGAAGGCCUAA